AUGGCAGACAAAAAUUUGCUAGAUGGAAAGCGAAUUUCCCAUAAAUAUGACAACCUUAAAUAUAAUUUUGAAUAGUUAUUUUUGAAUGAAGGUUGUAUUUUGUAUGAAAUACUCCUAAAUCAAAGCAAAGCGCAUAACUUUAUGAAAGGUAUGAGCAUGCGCAUUCUGGCGUACGGAUGUUGGAGAAGGCUGGUGAAAGAAGAUGGCUGAUGACGGUGAAAGAGAGACGCAAGAUGAAAUAGGUUCACAUGACGGGAAAGGAGACGCUAGGAGUGAUGGAGCUGGUCGGUUCUCGAGUUACAGCGACAACAAAGAAUUGACGUCCAAGUCGUUGAAAAUUCAAACCAAAGUGUACUAUUUGGACGUUAAAGAAAACCGCCGUGGAAGGUUUUUAAAGAUAACAGAGAUCCCUCCCAAUCGAGUUAAGAGUCGUGUUAUGAUUCCAAUGGCAUUCAUCCAUGAUGUUAAAGACAAACUUACUGCAUUUGCUGAAUAUUAUGCAUCUCUUGAUCCAGCUGGUGAAGCAACAGGAAACGAUGAUCAGCCAGGACGAACACUUAAGAGUGAUCACUUGCAAAGGAAUAACAGACGUUUUCAUUUUGACCUCAGACAAAACAAACGUGGAUAUUUCCUUAGGUUUGCCCAAGCAAUGUGGAAUGCAGGUCCAAACAACAGCAAUAAACUAGCUAUUCCCGCUCAAGGUAUAGCUGACAUUAGGAAUUCUUUAUCGGAGAUACUUGACGAAUUUGGUAUGGAUGAAGAGGAAGAUGAAAUGAACUUACCUGAAGCAAAGGAAGUUCGGGUUGAACAGAAACGAUUUUAUUUUGAUGUUGGCAGCAACAUUCGUGGAGUAUUUGUUCGACUUUCAGAGGUGACAAAUAAUUACAGAGCCUGCGUAACUAUCCCACGUCGAGGCUGGGAAAGAAUCCGUGAUACUCUGAAUGAACUGUGCGAUAAAUGUACUGAAGAAGAGGACGAACGACCUGGGGCUGACUAUGAUUAAAGAGUUGAUGAUGGAAGUUUCAUCGAUUUUUAUAGAUGAACUUUAAACGUGUUGAUUUUUGUGGAUUGUUGAAACAGGUCGAGUGUGAGUUGAAAGAAAUUUGUUACUUUUUCUUUCAAUUUAAAAAAAUUCUUUGAGUGCUUUUGUUUAACUAAAAUAAAGCUUGCUGUUAAUUUCUAGAAUGUUGUUCUUUUACCAAAAAGGUAUCAUCUAUUAACGUUAUGAGAUAUUUAUUAGUGAUUUUCUCAACUCACGUUCGAUUUAAACUGCAGUUUUAUGAACGGUGAUUAGUGGCCGUAUUUUUUGUGACAGCUUUUAAACAUUUGUAAUUGCUGUUUUCGAAGUGCUUCGUUGACUUCAAUCGUUAAUAAAUGGGGACACGCUUCACGCA